AUGACUGUUGUGAAAAAAAUAAAGCUGAGCUCAGAGCCACAGGACGUGGUAACAAGAGCUCAGCAUCUGGUGACAGGCAUUGCGAAAGGGUGCCAGAACCAAACUGGCUUUGGGGGGUUCAGCAUUUCCCUAUACGACACGGCAUGGUUAUCGAUGGUCACCAAGAAAGAUCAGAAUGGUGUCCAGCAUUGGCUCUUUCCAGAGUCAUUCCAAUAUGUACUUCGUCAGCAAGGCAAAGAUGGAUGCUGGGGACCUCAGGUUACUCUCCUUGAUACUAUACUUUGUACUAUGGCAUGUCUCCUUUCCCUAUUAGCCCACCGCUCCUCGCCGCUGAGUGACCAAAAUGGAGAUUACCAACACGAAGCCAAACUCCUCGAUUCACGCAUCUCGCGCGCGGAAAUUGCUUUACAACAGGCACUGCAGCAGUGGGAUGUCGCCUCCACUCUUCAAGUCGGGUCAGAAGUUUUAGUACCUAGCCUUCUACAGCAACUUUCUCGCCACGGAAUUGAACUACAGUUUCCUGGAAAGCAAGACUUAAUGAAGCUCCGCGAGAAAAAGCUGGCUAAAUUUCAGCCUGGCAUGGUUACGUCUAAGCGUCAGACGACCUUGUUACAUUCCCUCGAAGGGUUGAUCGGAGCCGUUGAGUUCGACGAGCUCGCUCAUCAUUGUACCGAGUACGGGGGUAUGCUGGGUUCUCCAGCCUCCACUGCCGCUUACCUGAUCUACUCUUCCACCUGGGAUGAUGCUGCAGAAAAGUACCUUCGACGAAUCGUGGGACACUAUGGUUCAUGUGGCGGGGUUCCUAGCGGAUUCCCAACCCCGAUUUUUGAAACCUCAUGGGUUAUCUCCACGCUCCUGGACAAUGGCUUCCAGAUCACAGACUUUGCUAGAGAAGAUAUACAGACUAUUACGACAUACCUGAGCCAGCUGCUCACCAAGCAGCAAGGAACACUGGGGUUUGCACCGGGCUUUGUGCCUGACGCCGAUGACACUGCGCGGGCUCUUCUCACACAGGCGCUUUGUGAGAUCGACAUGGAUCCAGCACCACUUAUCCACAGUUUCGAGGCCAUCAACCACUUCAAGACCUACGAGCUUGAGCGCAAUUCCAGCUUCAGCGCCAACGCGAAUGUCUUGUUGGCCCUGUUAUUUGCACCUGACAGCGCACGGUACUCAGCGCAGAUCCGAAAAGCAAUGGAAUUUAUGCUGAGGGAAUGGAAUUCCGGAAUUCUGCGAGACAAAUGGAACCUGGCCUCAGAGUAUAGCGAGAUGCUUUUCGCCCAUGCGUUGGUCCGUUUCCUUCAUGUCCGAGGUCAGGGGAUUUUGUCCUCCUUGCCAUCAGAGCUGGCGGAAUCACGCGUCCCAAUUGCUCUCUGUCAGCUUCUCUCUCGAGCAGUACGAGAUCAGUCGGAGAAUGGUUCCUGGAGGGGAUCUGCGGAGAGAACAGCAUACAGAAUCCUCCUCCUCGCCCAUGGGUUGAAGCUACCGUGGCCGCAAGAUGUGCGGCAGCUAGUGUUAGAUUCCAUUCGCAAAGGAAGGGACUACCUGGCCUCCCAUACCGAUGAUUGGACGGAUGGUGACUAUAUAUGGAUUGAGAAAGUGACAUAUAAGUUGCCAAUUCUGGCCGAGACAUAUAUUCUGGCGGCUAUGAAGAUACCCCUCGAUCAACAACACACAUGGACCUCCGAGCUGUUGCAAGUAUUUGAUUUUCCCAAGAAGAAGCUUCACGCGAUGUCUCUCUUCUUUAGUCAUAUCCCUGUCCUGCGAAACCCCUCCGAGAAAACGAUAUUGCUGGCUGUGAUUGAGGCUACUUUUUACACCCGUCGCCUGAGGGAGCAUCGUCUGGACAUUUUCCCCCGCGAUAACAUGGGCCUAACCCCAGACAAAUACCUGGAUUACAUCCCGUGCGCUUGGACGUGUGUUAAUAUUGUCUCUGGAUUCCCUCUCUCGGGGACUGUUCUUUGGGAGAUGAUGGUCAUCUCGUUACUCAACUAUCAGGUAGACGAGUAUAUGGAGUCGGUUGUUGCCCUUCUCGACCAGGAUCAGAUCAGCUCUUUGAACGCAUUAAUCGAAACAGAAUGCUCCCCUGGACUUCCUCCCAUCGAUUUGGAUGAUUCGGGCAAAGGCUGCUUUCAAUGUUCCAACAAGUCCGACAACAAUACCCCUAUCCUUGCGUCAGCACCCCUGAAAGGAACCAUCCCCGAAGUCCAGGCAGUAAUCCAAAAGUAUAUCCGUCACAUCCGACACCAUCCGUGCAUCUGCCGCUAUCCUGUCAACGCGCGCAAACUAGUUUUGCAUGAAUUGCGCCAAUUUCUCCGGGCCCACUUGGCCCAUAACGCCAACAACGCAGCAAUGCGAUGCAGCAGCAGUGGUAAAGACGGCGCUCGCCAGGGACAACAACAUGAGAUGUAUUUCGAUUGGGUCCGCACCACAGGUGCCACUGAUACCAGUUGCCUUUAUUCGUUUGCCUUCUUUUGUUGUCUAAUCAGUCGGGAUUCGUCGUUCUGCCUUGUCUCCCCCCAACAAGGAUACCUUGGGCGAGCCCUGGGAUUGCAUCUAGCCACCAUGUGCCGACAAUACAACGACUACGGGUCACAACAGCGAGAUGCGGAGGAACAGAAUCUCAACAGCCUCGAUUUCAGCGAAUUUACGACCCAGGAAGCAGAACCCGGGGCCUUGAACACCCGUCGCCAGCGGGAGGCGCUGAUGGAGAUCGCGGAAUUUGAGAGAGCCUGUAUGGAGCUAUCUUUCGAGAAGCUGUCAAAUACACUGGACUUGGCAACUUCUGGCAUGAUCAAGGCCUUCAUUGAUGUGACAGAUUUGUUCGGCCAGAUGUAUGUGAUCCAGGAUAUUGCCAGUCGGAUUCAGCCGCCAAAGUCGUCCUGA